UGUUGUUAACUCGUACCUCUCUCCCAUAAACAUCAGUCCGAGAGUAGAACAAGUCUCCAUGGCGUCCCACACAACCGGUUUCGAUAUCAGCGGAUUGGCUCGCGUUGAAGACUCACCCAUCGAACCAAUACGUAAUGAUAGCCUCGCACCCCUGAGUCCGUCGUCCCCGAGCCUGCCGUCACCGAAUCAGUCGCCAAAGCGCCGCCGGUUUGGAUACUCCGCUGGUACAUAUCAUGACAUUCUCGAGAACCCGCUCAUGGGGGAGUUCGAAGGAGGUUGGAAAGCGGUCGACUUUAACCAAGCCAGCACCUCCACGGCUGGCGGUCGGUUUAAUGGAGCAACAGUAUACGGCCGAAUGCCAAUGGGACAAAGGGCGAACGCAUCAAGGACCCUUUUCCCGCCAUCACCCAGACGCACAGAUAGCUCAGCCAAGCUGCCAACCAUCAACGACGUCGCCACCAUGUGCAACAUAGAGCACCGCAACAAAGACAUUGGAAAAUGGCUCGAGGAAAGCUCUGGGUACCAACUGGACGUUGAAGCUGUCAGUUCCCCGCCGAAUAGUUCCAACGAAGUGUUGCCAGGAGAAGAGGACGACUGGCUGGAGCCGACAGAAAACAAGGAUCUUGAUGGCCAAGCCUACGUCCUGAAUCCUCCACAGGGUGAGAUGACACCGCUAGAUCUUGAAACUACCGCUCCAAGUCGCGUCUGGGAUGGUGUGCCCGUCCUCCACUCCAUAAGCGACCCCUGUUGUUCUCAGUGUCAACCCGCAAAAUCCCAGGCUGCAAUCGAGAAGUUCGAGAGACAGUGCCUUGCCAACGACGCGAGACUGGAAGUGGAGCGGCGGAGGCUUCUUUCGCUGAUACCGGGAAAGGCGGGCCGGGUUAAGAAAUGGCCGUUGCGGAGGAAGACUCCUGGACUCACUGAACCCAGCGUCCAGCCGUCAACCGCAGGUGUCAAGAGACCUUGGCACCCGGAGCUCCGGGAUCCGGAUCUUGGGUCACAACAAGGCACCGACGUCGAGUUGCAUUACAGCCAGAACACAUUCACUUCGCUGGAUGAUGACCCUGUGGCAGUCCCAUAUACCACCCUGCAUGUGCAGAGCAGUCUGAAAUCCCAAGCAGGCAACAUAUUCGAAGAAUCAUUCCCUACACACCCCAGAGUCCCUAGUGAGGACCAAGGAACGGGCAGUUUUAGCACGGAGACUAACCAUUACGACGGGCGAGAAGCGUCGACCUUUGGAACAAGGACCCGCCGUUUCCAUACCAGAAGGCCUCGGCAAGUCGGUAUAGCUACAAUCCAGGUCCAGUCUGUUUCUCUUGCCAGGCAAUAUACGACAGACAAGCAUAAUUCUUCUUUCACCUCUGAGUAUUUGUCCGCGUCUUCUGACACCGAGGAUAAUUGCUCCUGUCCUGGGGAUAACGAGACUGGUCGUGGCGACGCCGAGGGCCGUUAUAGCAGCAGGAACAGAGACACAAAUGCUUCUGAGACUCCAGGAUCCCCAGCCAUUGGGAGCUCUGCUAAGUUGCCACGCAAAGGUCGAACAGGCGCCGAGGAUGGCGAGCAAUCCGAGGAGGAGGACGAGCAGGAGCAGAGGUGGAGGAAGCCAAACGGCAAGUCUCGGAGCACAUCGUGCAAGCCAAAUCUCCCGCGGUUUGCCUGCCCGUACCAGGCGUUUGAGCGAGGGCGUCCAUGCCUGCGGAGAAGUCGCCGUAACCCAAAAGGGGGCUCUGACGGCCUCGGGCGUCUCAAACAACACCUAGCACGCAAACACAUGGUCUCGUACCGGUGUCCAAACUGCUGGAUAUCCUUGGACAGCCGGACAAAAGCUUCAGUCCAUGAACAGCAGAAGCAGUGUGUGGCGAGACCGAAGCCAGACGAGGAGCUCUUCAUGGAUCCGCCUCACGAGGGUUUAAUCGAGAGAAGCUGCCCCUCCGCGUCAGAAGAGGAUGCAUGGUGGUGGCUGUUCAAGCUCCUCAUCCCUGGCAUGGAGGGUCGCGAUGUUGUUGCCCUAAGUCUUGACUACUCGCCGUAUUUUAUCCAUGUUGAUAUGGCACGGGCAUUCAUGCUACCCGCCGUUACCUUUCCCGACGCCGCUUUCUACUCUUCGCCAACAAGAGACAGAAACGAUGCCGCCGGUCUACGAGACUUGAACCUCGGUUUCCUAGACUCAAGCCUUCCCAUGGCGGCCACACACCCCGAGCUGACCUACGAUUUGUCUCAAACUUUCUCAGUUCCCUUAUUUGAAGCACCGACUUUACCAUCGCCGUCCACAAAUGACGGGUCGAGCACUCUUUCUAGCCUUCGGACCUUGCCAGGCACCAUGCUCUCUUCGCACACAUCCUCAUCAUCCUCGCCAGCGGGCAACGUGAACCUUUCUCUCUCCCCUCCUCACGUCAGCCUCACGAAUGUCUCUGUGUGCACACCAUCUAGCAGAGGCAAUUAUGCGAGUAUGGACACAGCCGUCAAUCCCGGCAGCAUGCCGCCACCACCACGGCCGCCACAAUCAGCACCACUCCCAACUACACUGGGACCAACCAUAGCAAUGACACGGCCACCGUCAUCAGCAAUAUCAACAGCGCAGCCGUCCCCCACAAUACUGUCACCUGUGCCCCCGCCACACCAACAACCAUCCUCUACAGAAACCCACCUCCAACGGACCAACGACCGUCUCAGGAAACGCACACGUCAACUCGAAACCGAGAAUGAGGGCCUACGUCAAGCAAGCCAAGUAAACCGAGCUGACCUUAGCCGAGCCCACACUCUCCUAGAAGACGUGCUCGCCGCAGAGGGUGUCCACUUGCCGGGUGAGGUGUAUGACCGGUUGGUUGAGGUUGGGGACUUAAUCUCGAGUUGCGUUCAUACCUCGGGGCGGGUUGUGUGAUAUGACUAAGGACUCAGGCCAGUGGAAUACGAGUACAAAGUUGGGAAUGAGGAUCUCAAAUAUGCCCCGGACGAGCGGGUUUAAUAUAGGUACUCAUGCAAUACAUAGCAGGACACGCGUUGGGUUCACCAUGCGAUGCGUGUCAAGGUCGUAUCUUUCAA